AAACCCCCCCCACCCCCCGGAGCACCUCUAGUUUGACAAAACACUUUAGUCCCAUUUCAGACAAAUAAUAUAUUGCCCUACACGUUCUAUCUGGGGGAAAAAAAAAAAACACUUUAAAGUCAGCUAUGGUUCUCUAACCAAUGGGAAUAGUCAUCGGGAAUGUUGUGACUGGAAGUCGCCUCGCCCGGAGCCUCUUUCGGAAGGUUCCAAAUACGAUCAUGUCGCGAAGGCUUCACGCGAGGAGGACCGAAGGAGUCGACAAAAACGUUUGGGUGGAGUUCAGCCAGAUGGCGUCGGACUACAAACCCGUCAACCUGGGGCAGGGUUUCCCUGACUUCGCCCCUACCGAAUUCAUCCAAGAGGCCUUCUGCGAGGCCCUGCGCGGGGGGCCCUCCAUGCACCAGUACACGCGCGCCUUUGGACACCCACGGCUGGUAAAGAGUCUGGCCAAAUUCUUCAGCGGCAUCGCCGGACACGGGAUCGAUCCCAUGGAGGACGUCCUGGUGACGGUGGGAGCCUACCAGGCGCUGUUCUGCGCUUUCCAGGCGCUGGUGGACGAAGGAGACGAGGUCAUCAUCGUGGAGCCUUUCUUUGACUGCUACCAGCCCAUGGUGAAGAUGGCCGGCGGGAAGGCGGUGUACGUCCCUCUGAGGCCGAAAGCGGAAGGCGCCGUCCUGUCGAGCGGCGACUGGGUCCUGUCCGCCGACGAGCUGGCCGGUAAAUUCACCCCGCGCACCAAAGCCGUCGUCAUCAACACGCCCAACAACCCGCUGGGAAAGGUGUACAAGACGGAAGAGCUGCAAGCGAUCGCCGACCUGUGCAUCAAGCACGACGUGCUGUGUUUCAGUGACGAGGUCUACGAGUGGCUCACCUACGACGGAGCCAAGCACGUGAAAAUCGCCAGCCUGCCCGGCAUGUGGGAGCGAACCAUCACGGUCGGCAGCGCGGGGAAGACCUUCAGCGCCACCGGAUGGAAGGUGGGCUGGGCUAUCGGCGCCGGAAACCUCAUCAAGCACAUGAAGACGGUCCAUCAGAACAGCGUGUACCACUGCGCCACCGCCGCUCAGGAGGCGGUGGCUCGCGGCUUCGAGCGGGAGUCGCAGCGGUUCGGCGCUCCGGACAGUUACUUCCGCCAGCUGCCGGCCGCGCUGCAGCGAAAGCGAGAGAAGCUGGCCGAGUGUCUGGAGAGCGUGGGGCUGAAGCCAAUCAUGCCAGAGGGGGGCUACUUCAUGAUCGCCGACAUCUCUUCCGUCGAGGUGGAUUUCAACGACCCGAGCACAAAGGACGAAUCCUACGACUUCAGAUUUGUCAAAUGGCUCAUUAAAGAAAAGGGCUUAGCGACAAUACCCGUGUCGGCCUUCUACAGUCCGGAACACGGCGCGGACUUCGAUAAAUACAUCCGCUUCUGCUUCAUCAAGGAGGACUCCACGCUGGACGCCGCGGAGGCCAUCUUGAGAAAGUGGAACGUGACGCGUGACCUCACUUCCUCCCGCCCCUCCGUCCACAUUUCAACCGACUGAUUGUUUCUACUCGUAUGCACCCACGACUCACAAAAAGUGCGGGAUACCGUAUUGGGCUUUCACACCGGAUGUUGAACAAAACUUCCGAAAUUUCACCGCGCAGUCAAUUUUCCAAAUUUUUUGUGAGCAUAUUUUUCCGUCCUCACCGACUGAAGUUUUUUCCUCCAUCGAGCGAGCUUCUUUAUCUUUAAAUGUGUCAUAAUUAAGGCGUUGUGAUUUUGUCGUGCAAUGAUUUUAAACCACUGUGAAGAUCUUAGUUGUCAUUAUUAUAGUUUCCCUCGUCACUUGAAUUCAAAUGACAUGUUUUACAAUUGAGUAUUUUCCUGAUUAAAAGUUUUUCAUGACAUA